AUGGGUGGUCCGCGGGAUCGAACCCACUACCCUGGCGUUGCAAACGCCGUGCCCGACCAGCUGAGCUACAAAAGACCACCAGUGUUAGUAAAGAGAGAGAGAGAGAAGGGAGAGAGAGAGAGAAGGGAGAGAGAGAGAGAGAGGAGGGAGAGAGAGACAGAGAGAGAAGGGAGAGAGAGACAGAGAGAAGGGAGAGAGAGAAGGGAGAGACAGAAGGGAGAGAGAGAAAGGAGAGAGACAGAGAGAAGGGAGAGACAGAGAGAAGGGAGAGACAGAGAGAAGGGAGAGACAGAGAGAAGGGAGAGAGAGAAAGGAGAGAGACAGAGAGAAGGGAGAGAGAGAAAGGAGAGAGAGACAGAGAGAAGGGAGAGAGAGAAAGGAGAGAGAGACAGAGAGAAGGGAGAGAGAGAAAGGAGAGAGAGACAGAGAGAAGGGAGAGAGAGAAAGGAGAGAGAGACAGAGAGAAGGGAGAGAGAGAAAGGAGAGAGAGACAGAGAGGGGGAGAGAGAAAGGAGAGAGACAGAGAGAAGGGAGAGAGAGACAGAGAGAGAGAGAGAGAAGGGAGAGAGACAGAGAGAAGGGAGAGAGAGAAGGGAGAGAGACAGAGAGAAGGGAGAGAGAGAAGGGAGAGAGAGACAGAGAGAAGGGAGAGAGAGAAGGGAGAGAGAGACAGAGAGAAGGGAGAGAGAGAAGGGAGAGAGAGACAGAGAGAAGGGAGAGAGAGAAGGGAGAGAGAGACAGAGAGAAGGGAGAGAGACAGAGAGAAGGGAGAGAGAGACAGAGAGAAGGGAGAGAGAGAAAGGAGAGAGAGAGAGAGAAGGGAGAGAGACAGAGAGAAGGGAGGAGAGACAGAGAGAGAGAGAAGGGAGAGAGAGACAGAGAGAGAGAGAAGGGAGAGAGAGAGAGAGAAGGGCGAGAGAGACAGAGAGAAGGGAGGGAGAGAGACAGAGAGAGAGAGAAGGGAGAGAGACAGAGAGAAGGGAGAGAGAGACAGAGAGAAGGAAGAGAGAGAGAGAGAGAAUGGAGAGAGAGACAUAGAGAAGGGAGAGAG